CUGCUCUUUCUUAUCCAUGGCCACCAUGUCCUCCCCAAAAGCAGAGCCACUCAGUGCAUUCGUCUCCUUCCCUUCGCCCUACACCCAAUCCCUCCUCGUCCAAGCGCUUGUCUCCACUCUUCCCUCGCUCGCUUUGUCGCUGGCCCAGCCUCCCGAGGACCAACCCCCGGCUUUGCAAUGGGCCGACUAUGAUCUGAUGUCUUUCGACAUCCCUCACAAGAACCCUUCGAAAUACCUCAUCUCCUCAUACAUCUACCGCAAAGCCCUCAUCCGAAAACAUCAGCUUCACAACACUAUCACUGCCUAUCUCGCCAAAUGCUCUCACCGCCAAAUCCCUUCCAUCCUCUCCCCUCUACCCGAGACUUAUGAGGGUGAGACGCCUUUAGGAGGAGGCGCGCCGAAGGGGUGGAUUGUGGAUAUCCAGUUUGCGGAUGAGCUUGAUGAGCUCUUGAUGGAUGAUCUGUACGAGUUGGAUGAGGGGAUGAGGGCGAAUGAGGAGAAGGCGGAGGGGGAAAAGAGAUGGUGGAUCUUGAAGCCUGGGUUUGCCGACAGAGCGCAAGGUAUCAGGAUGUUUUCGAGUGAAGAGGAGCUAAGAUUCAUCUUUGCCGAGUUUGAACCUCCAUCCUCAGAUGAAGAAGACGACGAGGGUGAAGAUGGUGAUGAUGAGUCAGAAGACGGGGAAGAGGUGCCCCCUGGAGGCAUGGACGGCAUGAUCGACAUGCUGGCCAAGAAGGCUGUCGAACUAGGUUUCAACGGCGAAGAUGAAGACGAUGAAGAAGAUGGCGAUGAAGACGAGGGUACUGGAGUCAUGACCUCCCAACUGAGGCAUUUCGUCAUCCAAGAAUACCUCCCAAGACCCCUACUAUUCGACAUCGCCCAAAUCCCCGGAGAACCUCCCGCCCCUCUGGAAGGCAACAAAUUUCAUCUCCGAGCCUACGUCUUGGUCACUGGUGCUUACAAAGUCUACUUGGCCAAUACCAUGCUCGCUCUUUUCUCUGGUGAACCUUACGGUCCUCCUAAAACUACAGAGGAUGGUGACCUGGAUCUGAGGCCCCAUCUAACCAACACCUGUCUCCAGACCGACGCUUAUGGUGCCCCCGCACCUCCAGCAGACCUCGUCAAGCUCUUCUGGGAGCUCGAAGGCCUUACCGCCCUCUCUUCUUCCACCUCCCCAUCCCCUUCCGGCUCCUACGCCUACGACUCUCACGGGAGCGUGACAAAAGAAUGGCUCGAGAGCACUUUUGCAAAGGUCGGCGAGGUCGUAAGCGAGACUGUCAAGGCUGGAGCCGAGUGCGGUAGCUUUGGAUUGCAGUUCAUGCCGAACGCCUUUGAGAUCUUUGGCGUCGACUUGAUUCUCUCUUUCCCUCCUGUAUCUCCCGCAAACGCUCUUCCCAUCCCCGUCGUCACCCUCCUCGAAUUCAACGCCUCACCCGAUUUCCACCAAUCCGGUGACCGUCUACGUCCCCAACUCCUUGACAUGUUCAAAGGCGUUAUCAAGCACUCUAUCGUCCCAUUCUUUGGCGUCGAGACUACCGACAAGGAAGAAGUCAGCAAAGAAAACCCGAUGAAGGUUGGAGAGGAGAAGUGGGGAUGGAGGCUGGUCGGCGAAGGCGAAGUCCGGGGAUCAGAAUGGUAGAGCAUAUUGUAGCCAUGUAAACACAACAGAA